UGUAGCUGAGAGCGUGAGCUGAGAAAACUGAAAAGUUGCAACAGUAACAUUUUUCUCCGAAUAAUGGAGGAAUAUUCAUUCAUUCCGCACCAUUCUUGGUAAUAUUCUUCACUCUUCACUUGAGUCUCCAAAGUUGUUCACCAGAAAUCAAAUCCCUAAUAUUCAUCAAUUGUAUUGUAUUAAUGCGAAUAUCAUAUUACUACCUUGCUCGCUCUCGUCUUCUUCUUCGCCACUCUUCCAUUCUCAACCAACAACCUAUAACUAUACCUCACACUGCAGUCUCUUCACAAGGGCAAAGCAAGCUAAGAAUAUUGAAAUCAACGAUCGACACAGUGUACGAGCUGUGACAACUGCACUGUGGUGUAACUUUCUUGUUUUCUCUCUCAAGUUUGGAGUGUAUUUUGCUACCUCUAGUCAUGUUAUGUUGGCAGAAGUUGUGCAUUCGGUCGCCGAUUUUGCAAACCAGGCGCUGCUUGCUUAUGGUCUAUCUAGCUCAAGGCGUGCGCCAGAUGCUAUCCAUCCUUAUGGCUAUUCCAAGGAAAGAUUUGUUUGGUCUUUGAUAUCUGCUGUUGGUAUCUUUUGUCUUGGUUCUGGUGCCACAGUUGUUCAUGGUGUUCAGAACUUGUGGACUUCACAGCCCCCUGAGAAUAUGCAAUAUGCAGUUUUGGUCAUAUGUGGUUCAUUUAUCAUUGAAGGUGCCUCACUUAUUGUUGCCAUACAAGCUGUAAAGAAAGGUGCAGCCGACGAGGGAAUGAGACUAAGAGAUUAUGUUUGGCGUGGCCAUGAUCCUACAUCUGUUGCAGUAAUGACCGAGGAUGGUGCUGCUGUGACAGGCCUUCUUAUUGCUGGGGCAUCAUUGAUUGCAGUGAAUGUCACUGGAAAUGCUAUUUAUGAUCCCAUAGGCUCAAUCGUAGUUGGCAACUUACUUGGCAUGGUAGCCAUAUUUCUUAUCCAGAGAAAUCGACAUGCUUUAAUUGGCAGAGCUAUGGAUGACCAUGAUAUGGAGAAAGUGCUUCGAUUUUUGAAAAAUGAUCCGGUUGUAGAUGCUCUCUAUGAUUGCAAAAGCGAAGUUAUUGGGCCAGGAUUCUUCAGAUUUAAGGCAGAAAUAGAUUUUAAUGGAGUUAUGGUGGUGCAAAAUUAUCUGACAAGGACAGGACGUGAAGAGUGGGCUAAACAGUUUCGCGAAGCUGCAAAAACGGCUGAUGAUGCGGCCCUAAUGAAGAUUAUGUCAAAUUAUGGUGAGGAAGUAGUUACAGCAUUAGGAAGUGAAGUGGAUAGGUUGGAGAAGGAGAUCCAAAAUCUUGUCCCGGGUAUUCGACAUGUUGAUAUUGAGGCACACAAUCCAACAGAUGCGACCUUGUAGACUAAAUAUUCUCAGUAACACAAUUUUUUGUCACCAUCCACUUCACAUUCUUUUUAUGUAAUUGAAGCCUUAUUUAUGAAUGAUUAGAUUUGUCAUUUUUCAGUAUAUGAUUCAUGAGCACUUUCAGGCAUCGUUUCCAAAUGAAAUACCAAAUAUGCCCCAAGUUGAGCUGAGUUCUCUUUGUAGAUUGAUUAAUGAAGCAACAGAUACCUAUGUUUUCGUA